AUGCAGUACAACCCUGGCUGGAACAGCUCCUCUGUCAACCUGCUGCACGUGCGUGCGGUGGGACCCAACGACACCCUGCACUACGUCUGGAGCAGCAUUGGGGCCCCUGCCGUGCUGCUGGUGGCCACAGACAGCCAGAACAGUGCCCUGCAUGUCAACUGGACCCAGCUGCUAUCUCCCAGCCCUGCUGGUGCCCUCUGGAUCGACCCUCCCAGCAGUGUGGUCUACUCCACUGCUGUUGUCUUCACCAAGGUGUUUGAGUACAGCGAGGCCAAACCACUGGAAGAGGUUUUCUACCCCACCUAUGACCUGUCAGAGUUUUCCUGGGACAGCAUCAACCACACUCUGAACCACACAGCCCUGACAGCUGAGCUCACAGGGGUCCCAACCACCGACCCCGGCAGUGGCUUCUCCAACGGCACCUUGACAUUCCGGGUGACAGCCUAUGAGACCCAUGGCCGUGCUGGGCACCUGCCCAACCUCCUGCACACAGCAGACAGCUCCCAGGUGGAGUUUGUCCUGGCUGGGGUCACUCCACGAGGCAACAGCUCCCACUUUGCUCUGGAGGUGGCCACGGUGGAGGAGACAGGAGUGGGGCAGCAGCUGCGCUCGACGCGGUCCAUCGAUGACGAGUACACCCCGACCAUCUUCGAGGUGCUCUCCCUGGUCGCUGAGGCCCAAAACAGCAGCUCAGUGCUCAGUUUCCUGCAGUGGAAGGCGAUAGCUUAUGGCUCACAGAGCCCUCGGCGUGAGGACAACAUCCAGUGCAGAGCUCAGCAGCUCCACGUGGCCAACUGGACCUUGCCCAGGGCCACCAUCAUCCAGGCCUACUUUGGGGAGGGUGUGGGAAGCACCUACACCAUCAGUGCUGUCAAUGUCUCCUUCGGGGGAGAGGAGGGAAGGGUGUACCAGGAGAAGCACUACCUCAGCUGGUCAGUGCUGCUGGGCUUUGGGCAGCCUCCCACGGACACCUUCUCCCCCCUUGUCAUCUCCAUCAUGGCUGUGGCACUGGGCACCCCCUUGGCCAUGCUCCUGCUGGGCAGCUGCCUCGUCCUGCUGGCCCAGAGGAAACGCUACUCGGAGUAUGAGCCCAUCAACUGA